UCGACCGGCUGACCCGCUUGUCAAGAAGAAUACCAGCAGUCUGUCACUCCAUCUGUCAAUCUGAUGAGAAACAAAGAAGAAAUCUGAGGAGUGUAACGGUGGAUGAACUGCUUCCUUUAACUGAGGACACACACCAAGAGAGGCAGGAUGGGCUGCAUGAAGUCCACGCUGGAGGGGCAAGACAACAAGCAGCCUGUACGUACCGAGCAAACCCACUAUGUCAGAGACCCCACCUCCUUUACACAAAAACCCAUAGAUAGUUCCCUGUUACCUGGUCAGGUGUUCCAAAAAAUCGAAGAGCAAAAGGUCGGUAAAAUAAUGGUCGGCCUUUACCCGUAUGAAGUUGUGCACCCGGACGACUUAGGAUUCAAGAAAGGCGAGAUGAUGGAAGUCUUAGAGGAACAUGGGGAGUGGUGGAAAGUAAGAUCAAUGAAAACCAAGAAAGUAGGAUUUAUCCCAUCCAAUUAUGUUGCUGAAGCCAACACCAUGGAAACAGAGGCCUGGUUUUUCAAAGACGUCACCAGAAAGGAUGCAGAGAGGCAGCUGUUUGCGCCUGCAAACAAACCCGGCUCUUAUCUCAUCAGAGAAAGUGAAUCAUUAAAAGGAAGCUACUCAUUGUCCAUCAGAGACGUGGACGCCCAGGGAACAGACUUGGUCAAACACUAUAAGAUCAGGAUGCUGGAUAAUGGCGGAUACUACAUCUCUCCUAAAGUGUCCUUCACUGACAUUAGCUCAAUGAUCAGACACUAUCACAAUAAAGCAGACGGCCUGUGUCGCAAACUGGAACGUCCGUGUGUAAAACCCCAGGUACAGAAGCCGUGGGACAAAGACGCCUGGGAAAUCUCCAAAGAGUCGAUAACCAUGGUGAAGAAACUCGGAGCAGGACAGUUUGGAGAAGUCUGGAUGGCUUUUUACAAGAACACCACCAAAGUAGCAGUGAAGACGCUGAAGCCGGGCACCAUGACGGUUGAAGCUUUCAUGGAGGAAGCCAACGUCAUGAAGAUGCUGCAGCACGACAGGCUGGUGCGACUCUAUGCUGUCGUCACUAAAACACCACCCAUCUACAUCAUCACUGAAUACAUGGCGAAUGGGAGCCUCUUGGACUUCUUAAAGAGUGACGCAGGAGCCAAACAGCAACUACCAAAGCUUAUCGAUUUCUCAGCACAGAUCGCAGAGGGCAUGGCGUACAUCGAGGAGCAAAAAUACAUCCACAGAGACCUGAGAGCGGCUAAUGUCCUCGUUUCAGAGAGUCUGCUCUGUAAAAUCGCUGAUUUUGGACUGGCACGAGUCAUAGAGGACGAUGAAUACUCAGCCAGAGAGGGAGCAAAGUUUCCCAUAAAGUGGACCGCUCCUGAGGCCAUAAACUACGGCUCCUUCACCAUCAAGUCAGACAUGUGGUCCUUUGGAGUCCUGCUGUAUGAGAUCAUAACAUUCGGGAAAAUCCCAUACCCAGGUAUGACCAAAGGAGAAGUGAUGUCCUCUUUGCAGCGAGGUUACAGGAUGCCUCAGCCCACUGAAUGCCCUGCAGAGCUCUAUGAGAUCAUGCAGACCUGCUGGAAGCACAAACCUGAGGAGAGACCCACAUUUGAGUACAUGCAGAGUGUCCUGGAGGACUUCUUCACUGCCACAGAGGGACAAUACCAGCAACAGGGUUAAGAGAGGGACUCUAAAUGAGGGAGACAUUUCACAUUGACUCCUGAUUAUGUUUGGAGACACUUUUGAUAUGCAUGCCUAUUUUUAUUCUAAUUUGUAAUUUUUGUAUAAAUGAAAAACAUAUAUGGACUGUACAUAAACUGAAUAUACUGUCUUUGUCCUACACCUUGCUCCUUUUGUGGCCUCUAAAACCUUUUGUGUAAAAACAUAAAAGGCAAUUAAAUUAUGAAUAAAAUAUCACCUGUAAGAAUAUGUAAUUUUCAUAUUGUGAAAAUGAAAAAUAAGAGAGUUGUUGUUUUCCCCUCUGACACUGGAGUGUUGUGCCUCUAUCGUGCGAAACUCAAGUAUCAGCAACCUUAAAGUGAUACUUUAUCAUGUUAAUUAAUGUUUUUAUGUUAAAGUCUGCUUUCAGGUAAAGAGCCAACAUUUGGAUUAACUUCUUAAAGUUAAAAUCUUCAACUCUCUAUCCAUGUGCAUUAUAUGUUGUGAUGUUUUUGUUUAAAAAAAGAAGAAAAUACAAGGCACAUUAAGGUUCAAUAUUCCAUAUUUCCAUUUCAGGUUCAUGAAGUUUCUGUGUCCAAAAAACCCCAAACAGUUAAAUGUCUGAACAUAGCAGAGCUGUUUCUUCAACCGCUGCUUUAUUGACUGCAGAGAGUCAAUCACCUUUAAAUUCACUUCAUGUUGAAGUUCUGUUGCUUUUACUUGUUCUGAUCUUUUGAGAUGAUACAAGUGGAAUCUGAUGCCUUAAUCAUUUCAAUAUGUAAAAUAUGUUAUUGUAAAAUUAAACAUCUAGACCUUCA